AUGUCUGCAAAAAUUACAUCUACUCCUUCACAAAUUAAAUUCAACUGUCCUGACGAAAAAUCAUUCCGUACCAUCCAAAAGUUCCUGGAUGCAAACCAGGAGACCAUAGAGUACUUCUCUUUUCCUGAACAAGAAGAAAGAUCCCUGAAAAUGGUCAUCAAAGGAAUCCCCCUUGAGGUAACCGACACUGAGCUAUCAGACGAAAAUUGA